UAGCGCUAACCAGCGGAACGGUGUCUAUACAUGCGAUUCCUGCGCGACCGAUUUCGUGCGUGGAAACGUGGAAAAUGCAGGCUUUGGCGCGUUUCACGUCAAGUAUCGUGGCCCGCAAUCCUAUAGCCGAGAUUCAAUGUCGAGGAUACAUGACGGACUGGAGGAUGCUCAGAGAUUACAAGAGGAGACAGUGCGUUGCGAAGCAUUAUUUCGAGCGGAAUCAGCUGAAUACUCUGCGGAAGAACACAAUUCUGCCGAGAGUUCUCCAAGAGGCUGCCCAUGAAGAGCUGAAAAAACUCCCGAGGGAUUCUGCUACGGUUCGGAUACAUCAGAGGUGUUGCGUUACCUCAUAUCCUCGGAACGUCAGUAUACGAUACCGCUUAGCACGGCACGCCUGGCGACACCUCGCCGAUUACAACAAGCUUUCUGGAAUCCAGAAGGCUUUGUGGUAGACCCUAACCGGGAUCGAAUAAACUUGUAGAAAUCUUCACACAUGAAUAA